GAACAGCUGUUGCUGCCGUGUACCAGACCUGUUUCUUAUUACUGCCCAUAUUAUGAUUUACCGGCUACUGCACAGUAUACAAUACUGUACGAUACAUACUGUAGCCUGUAGAUAAGUAUGUACAGUAAUGCACGAGAAAUCAUUCAGGUGUACAGUACUCUGUACUCGUAUCGAUUGUCGACGAUUGACAUGUGCCUUUUCUCUUUGCAGUCAGUUCAGUUAAGUAAGUACUCGACUAACUGUGUAGUAAAAUUUAAUAAAGUUUUGUUGUCAUGAUCCAUUUUGAUUCCCAUGACAUCUGAUAGCAGAACCCCAGCCACAACGGUCAAGAUUACCGAGCACCAUUCACCAGCAACAUCUACGUAGAACUCCAGCUGUACUGCAUAACAAGACUCAAAGGAGUUAUUACGACCACGAUCGCUAGCAAAUUUUAUGGUGCUUCUUUAGGUUUGCAUGGAAGAGCAUUCCCUGCGAUUUCAGAACUCUUCAACCCGCCCGUAAUAAUUUUUUUCUACGCAAGUAAUUAACAUCUCCGUUGGUCCAACCGGAGGAUUAUGAAGUUGGUUGUUAGCCGUGGAAAAGCGUUAACUCGUAUUCUGCGAACGGAUGAAGAGCCUUUAGGAAAACAUCGCAUAGGGAUAUUUAUUGACACACAUUUGGACGGUACGUGUACAAUGUCUUCCCCACUUGAUCCCCUUCCUAUGGAGCUCCUUCCUUGUGUCAUUGUCAUCAUGGGCGUCUCCGGCUCCGGCAAAUCCACUAUCGCCUCCGCCCUAGCGAAUCGUCUACAGUGGCCGUUCCAAGAAGGCGAUGAUCUCCAUUCACCUGCCAACCACGCCAAAAUGCAGUCCGGUACCCCCCUGACGGACGCGGACCGCCUUCCCUGGCUGCAGAAAAUCGCCGAGUGGAUCGAUACCCAUCCGUACGGUGUCGUCACAUGCUCGGCGUUGAAGCGGUCCUACCGGGAGCUGAUUGUGGGAGAACGAAAGAAUGUGCGGCUGGUGUAUUUGCAGGCGGAGAGGCAGUUGCUGGAAGGACGGAUGGGCAGGAGGAAGGGGCAUUUCAUGCCGGCCAGGUUGCUGGAUAGUCAGUUGGCGACACUGGAGGAGCCGGGUGCCGAUGAGGGCGCAGUGGUGGUGAGGGUGGAUGAUGGGCCGGUGGAGCAAACGGUUGAUGAGAUUGUCCGUAAACUGAAAGAGCCUGCAGUACCUUGUUCGUAGUUUUUUUUGUACUUUGCUCCACCUUGGACGUCUGAAAUUUCGCUGCCUUAUUUGUAUGCGCACAUUAGAAUGGGGAAUUCGUUAACGGAUUUACAAAUAGAUUGUAAAGUGCAAACUCUGGGCGAAAACGACAUAUACGAGUAGAGACGUACGACUUCGUACAGUAGAUACGUACGACUUUACACGUUAAAUCUUUGAGGCAUGUUUGCUUAAUUAUAUCCGCAGUAUCCUUCCUUACCACAAGGUAUCCUUCGCGUAUCCGGCAUCCCCCAUGUACUCACGAUUUCCAUUUGUUCGCUGCCGUAUUCUAAUGCUUCUGUACAGUAUCUUUUACGUGUCCCAUAUGUAUUCCACUAAGAAGAACUGCGUAGUACUUUGUAAGAAAAACUAAGAAAACCUAAGAAAUU